UCCUAAUUCCUAUUGCCCUUACGUCCACUUGCAAGCUUAUUGGCUAACAGUAACUUGAGUAGCCUGCAAGUUUCCUUUCUCUCUCCCAAGAUCCCUGGUCUUGAUCUUGUUCUUGAUCCCUGCUACUGUGUUCAGAGACGAAAAGGACGGAAAACAUGUCGGACUACUUAUCUGAAGAAGUGAUCACAAAGAUCUUACACAAUCUACCUGUUAAGUCCUUGAUUCGAUGCACUAGUGUUUGCAAGCUAUGGUACUCUCUAAUCAAAAACCCUCAUUUCAUUUCCGCCCAAAUUGCCAAAACCUCAUUGAUUAACAUCGAAAGCAACCCUAAUCGAUUACUGCUAUCUCACAUCCAUGCCGAUGAAUACUCCGUGGGUUUUGAAAAUCAAGAGUUAAAGAAGUACAUCCCACUACAUUUCCCGUUCAAGUCCGGCUCCAGGCUCCCUCACGCAAUGGGUUAUUCUAACGGACUGUUAUGCCUCUUGGAUAGGCGUGUCGCAUUAGGCAGGUAUGAAGACAAAUUUAUCCUCUGGAAUCCCUCUAUUAGAAAAUCAUUCACAGUUCCUCAACCCAAUUUUGCGUUUUCCCUUUGUGUCUUCUGCAAUGAUUAUGUUGGUUUUGGGUUUGAUUCCAACACUAAUGACUACAAAGUCCUCAGAAUGAUGAUACACCUAAAUGAGCACCACGACAAUGAUGAAGAACUUAAGUUUCAGAUCGAAAUUUACUCAUUUAACAUGAAUUCUUGGAAGAUUGUUACUGGUGAUGUACCUACAGAUUGGAUAGAAAACCAAUGGCCAUAUGGUUCUCGUCUUCGUUUAAUAAAGAGAGCGGCUUGUUUGAAUAAUGCAUUGCAUUGGAUUGUGAAUCAUUCGAAAUAUAAACUUAUCUUGGUGUUUGAUAUGAAAGAUGAGGUUCUUCGUGAAAUUAUGUUGCCAGAAUGUUUGGCAAAAGAUGUUGCAUCUCAAUUGUGUCUCAAGGUAUUUAGGGACUCAUCAAUUGCAGUUAUUAACAGUAUUGAUCUCCAUUCGGCUCAUAUAUGGGUGAUGAAAGAGUAUCGCGUUGUGGAGUCGUGGGAGAAAUUAAUAGAGGUUGAUGGUGAUCAAAGGAGAGGGAGAUUGACAGUGUUGGGGUUCAAAAGAAAUGGAGAAGUCAUACCAAAAUUUUUUCGUAAACCAUUAACUCUUUCAAGUGCAUAUGCUUCCAUUGAUACCUAUGUGGAGAGCCUAGCAUUACUGGACAAAGGAAAUGCUGUAGAAGAAAAACGUCCAAAGAGAGCCAGAAGAUCCGACACGGAGAUCAUAUAGCUGUUGGUGAAUUGUGAAAGUGUUGACACUCUAACCAAGAAUUAUAGUACUGCCGAUCAUAUAUAGGAUCAUGGAUUUUUGUGGGUACUUGAUUGAUUUUGUAUUUCUAAUAUGACUCUUUUUCUAUGAUGGAGAGUGAAUUUCUUAAUAUCAGACUCAGAUGCUAAAUGUAUAUGUACUUGUUCUGCUAUUAUGAUCUUUCCAAUUUCAAGAGUUUA